GAGCUCCGCCCCCUCCCGCCUUCUCCGUCACUUCCUGGCUGUCAUGAGGGGAGCAGCUUUCGACACCAUCCCUCCCACCUUGAUGUUCCUGCCUGGGAACCAGCUGGCCAUGGACGGAAUCCCCUGAACGAUGAUUAAAUUAAACCUCUCUUCCUUUAAAUUGUGAGUUUGGGGUAUUAUGUGCCAGUGACGGGAGAGCUGCCUAAUACAAUUAUACCUUGGUGAAGUCCUUUUCUACCAUGCCCAGAAGAAUUCAUCUGUCCCUCUGCAAGAAUAGACAGAGUGGUUCCCCUUAUUAAUCUGCCACUUCCUGAAAAAAGGACCCCAUGACUGUCAUCUGUAAUUACCAUCGCCAGACCCUGCAGAGCUCUAGAAAAACUUCCUUGCAGAAACAGGACGACCUUGGCAAAUACUGAAAGAGGGAAUCCUUAUAUACAGUUGUCCCAAAUAUUUAUAUGAGCUUUACACCUACCCCCUUGAUAUUAAUGGAAGUGGUCUGAAUAGUUUGCAAAGCCAGAGUUGAAAAUCCCUGAACUCUUCUCCAGAAAUCUCAGGUCACAGCAGACUCCGAGGCUGCUGCGUGCCGGGAGCAGCAGUGCCUACACAGACCCGUCGUGUGGGGUCAGAGCGGCCUGGACCAAGAUGGCAUCCACAGCGCCUUUGUGUCACUGCAGCCAUGCAGCAGGGGCCUGGAAAUUCCCUGGCAGGGAGCUCGGCCCAGCUGGGAGCCUGGCCCAGCUGGGAGCCUCAUCUGGAACCACUAAGAGCCAAGAGGGUUCCUCCCUCUCACCCAGGGCUGUGGUCUGGGAAGCCAGUCAUCAGUCAGAAGGACAUUAUAGCAGCCGGUGGAGAAACCCACACAGGGAGGAACUUAGCCUUCCUGCUGAUAACCAACGGGCACUUAGCCGUGGACACGAGCCACCUUCGCAGACCGCCCGGGCCCAGUGCAGCCUUCGGGGGGGAACGCCAAGAGUUUGAUCUCAGGAGCAGAAAGAACCUUCCGAGCAACCCACAGAGCCUCGGAGAACCGUGCCGGGCCCUGCGCUUCCCAAGGCCUGGCUCAGUAGACUGUCAGACCUGGCGCUCUGGCUGCGUGUGCGGACACGUUCCGUCUUUGCAGAAAUCAAGUUCCGGCCGUCGUGCUUGCGGGUGCCUAACGCAAGGUGUUCUCUACAAAGCCUGCACUUCAUCCCCUCCCACCGCCAUUCCCUCCCCGAAGGGGCACUCGGGGGCUGCCGCAGGAGAACUCGGGAAAUGGGGCUGGCCGAGGUCACUCUCCCAUCCAGUGUCUGAGGAACUGCAUCGAGACCUCUCCUUGCUGUCCACGGCACGCGCCGAGUCCCUGUGGCACCUGUCACAGGCUCUCUCUCCGCCUCUUGGCUCUCUGUGUCCUGCAUUUCUUUCCGUCUCUACUUUGCUGUGCAUCCUCCUGUGGCUCUGCCUCUAGGCGUCUCUUCCAGUCUCUGUCCCGAGCUUGUCCUCACCCUCCCUCCGGGGGACUCUGGGAAAUGCCCCAGUGCCCCGGGGAAGUCGCACCCAGCUUUCAUCCGGAUCCAGGUGGCUCCAGUCCAGUGCAGGAUUUAUGCUGCCCUGACCCUGAGCCGUCCAGAAGGAACAGCCAGAUUAAUGGGGUGGGCGGGCUGGGGUAAUAAUCGUUUGUUUGAUGUGACAAGUCUGAUAGGCGUUGAUUUACUUACAGACUGAUGGGCUUUUAAUUGAGCACCUCCAUCCCAGUCACUUCAAAGGCAAGGGAAGUUGACAAGGGGCCCCUUUCACGAGGGGUCGUGGUGACUGACAGGCCCCUCGGCUCAGGCUACGUGGGCCAGGAUUGGCCCCGGCAGCCCUUCCCUGGCCCUCUGGCAAAGUAACACAUUUUCUGUGUAACUUAGAAAUGGCCUUUUGUCUGCUGCCAGGGAAGGCUGGCUCUGCUCGGAAGGCCCCAAGUCUCCCAAAGGGUGAGGAGUGAGGAGGGCUGGGUGAUGCACACGGGAGAUGAGACUGAAGACCAGGAGGAGGUGGGGCAGGUCCCAGGCCCACCCUGUACAAACGGCUGCUUUGUUCCUCCUUGCCGGGCCCAGUUCUCUCCCACUUCUUCCUCCUCCUUCGCUUACUUCUCCCUUUCUUAAACUCCUCUUUUGGCUUCGCCCUUCCUGGCACUCAGGCCCCUUCCCUCCUACCCU